GGUGGUGAAGGUGCUGCGAGCCUUUCGGUGGCCCAGCAAUACGUUGAAGCAUUCCAGCAACUUGCAAAGGAGUCCAAUACAGUGAUAUUACCAGCAAAUCUAAGCGAGCCAAGUUCGAUGGUAGCACAAGCACUCACUUUGUAUGAGAGUAUAGGGAAGAAACAAACUAAACAAAUAAGUGAUAAGUAG